UUGAUCGAAGACACUGAGCUCACCAGAAAUCCUCUCACAACACUGGGCCUCAGAGCAGAAAAGACGGUCUUCAACACCUAACUGAAAAUAUCGUCAAGUCAAAGGGUGUGACUCGACCCGGAAGGGUUAGUGCGAACGGAACACAAGGUCCAUGCAAGGCACCACUAGAGGAUAGGUGGGUUGUCAGGACAUGAAGACAGUUAGAUACCAGAAAUUAUCUAUCGAUGGCGAUUCAGAAAGAGUCAGCUACUUCUCUUUUCUUUUCUUCCAAUGGAUGAACAACAUCUUCAAGAAAGGCAGUGAAGGAACUUUAGAGGAGAGCGACUUUAUGCCACUUUCAAGAGAACGUUCCACCGAGUUCUUCACCAAUCGCCUGCAGCAAAACUGGAUAGAAGAGAAAGCCGAUAGAAAAGGCAAUAAACAAAGACCACGACUUUGGAAAAGUGUCAUUAAAAUGAUAUCUUUGAAGGAUGCAAUGGUCAUUGUACUCCUGUACGUGAUAUCCCUACUUUGGCGCCUUUCUAGGCCUUUGUUUCUUGGUUACCUUAUUUAUUCAUUGAUGAAUGACGCCGAGCCUCAGAAAAGUCUUCCUCUGUAUGGUUGUGUAAUGGCUAUGGGGAUCUGUGCCUUUAUUGGAGUGUCUGGUGUACAUCACUUUUCCUAUCAAUGUGACCUUUACGGUAUCGGAAUCAGCAGUGCUCUGAAAGGGCUAAUUUACCAAAAGAUUCUAAGGCUCAACAAGACUGAUAUAUUAAAAUUUACAACGGGUCAUGUGAUUGACCUCGUUUCAAACGAUGUUCAACGACUCGAAGAUCAUACUGUACUUUGGGGCUGUAGUGCUAUUUUGGAUUUCCUCCUACUCAUACCUAUCAUAGUGGUGUUACUUAUGUAUUUCAUUGGUUGGCAAGCUCUUAUGGGUGUCACAAGCCUUUUUUUCCUGUUGCCAUAUUUCGCUGGCUUGUCAUAUGUAUUUGCUGCGUUGCGCCUUAGGACAGCAACGUUUUCAGACAGGCGCAUAUCAUUGUUAAACCAGGUUAUUUCAGGGAUUCGCGCCAUCAAAACACAUGCGUUGGAGGAUGAAUUUCGAGAGAAGAUAAAACGCGUAAGGAGGGAUGAAAUAAAUAUCAUCCGUAAGAAAAGCGUCGCCCUGUCGGCCGUUGCUGCCUUGGAGUUCACUGCAGUGCCGCUGGCGAUGUUGGUUUCAAUCAUAACCUUGGUGCUUACCGGUCAGCCCCUUACACCGUUGAAUGUGUUCAUGCUCCUCUCUUUUAUAAAUGCAGCAAGACAAAGUGUCUGCUUUUACGUACCCUACGGUCUCUUAGGAGUAUACGAAGCUUAUUUUUCACUCAAGAGAAUGGAGGAUUUCUUUCUUUUAGAAGAUUUACCCGAAUCCUGUCAUAAUCAUUCUAUUGAGGGUACUUUGAACACGGCAGAGAGCAUAUCAAAAUUUAUUGAAACUGUUUCAAAUCAACGGGACAGAACCGUUGCAGUUCCCUCUGCUGUAGUUCGUGAUGAAGAAGAUCUCCCACAGUUAGCCACCUUGGAAGUGUUCAUUUUGGCGUCAAAAGAAAAAAUUCAUGAUGACGACUUCAUUUUGCAAGAUGUGGAAUUUUCCUUGGAUUCACAAACUUUAACAGUCAUCACGGGUCCAGUGGGUAGUGGAAAAUCAACUCUUCUCUCGGCUAUCGCAGGUGAGGUGUCAGUCGCAGCAGGAACAAUAAACUGUCCGUUUUCCCUUGUUUACGUGCCCCAGAUACCCUGGAUCUACUCUGGAACAAUAAGACAAAACAUUUUAUUUGGUCAAGUUUUCAACCAAGAUAAGUACAACAGAAUACUGGAAGCAUGCUCUCUCACACACGACGUCCGGACAUUUCCAAACGGUGACCAAACAGUAGUGGGUGAGCUAGGUGCUGUUCUGAGUGGGGGCCAGCGUGCAAGAGUAAGUUUAGCACGUGCGGUAUACAUGGAUGCAGACCUGUACCUGUUGGAUGACCCUCUGAGUGCCGUGGACAUGAAAGUAAGUCAACAUAUCUUUCAAAAGUGCAUUAAAGAAUUACUAAGUACUAAAACUCGGGUGUUAACGUCUCACAAGGAACAACACAUGAAAGAAGCUGAUAGAGUUAUUGUGUUGUUCAAAGGACGUGUGUUGGCAAACGGAACUUUUUCUGAGCUUCAGGAAAAGAGUUUAUGUAAUACAAAUCUUGAUGUGAGCUGCAAAAAACCCGUCUGGGACAAGAUUUCGGAAGUGAGAUUUGUUGCAGAGAGUGAAAAUGAAUCAGAGUUUAAGGAGAGAGCAAUGAUUCCACAACAUCAAGUCAAGGACCUCGAAAUAUCAGAAGAAGACUGUACAAUCGGAAGCGUGACACUUAUGACUUAUUGGGACUACUUCAGGAGUGGAUUGCACACGUUGGCGAUCGUUGGACUGGUCUGUUUGUUUUUUAUUGCUCAAGUAAUGAUAGUGUCUCCUGACGUUUGGCUCUCAUUCUUAACAAAGAAGAGUAAAGAGGAACAGAAGGACAAAUUCAACUUUAUUUUCUAUGGCUGUCUUGUACUUGGAUCUCUCAUUUUCUCCUCUAUCCGGGCAUAUGCGUUUCUUAGGACUCUUGUAAGAUGUUCUCAACGCCUUCAUGAUAAAAUGGUUGUAGCAGUUGUAGAAGCACCGGUUUUGUUUUUUGAUUCAAACCCUGUAGGGCGAAUUCUCAAUCGAUUCUCUAAAGAUGUGGGAUACUUGGAUGAGCUGUUACCCAAAACGUUUCUCACAGCUAUACAGCUCACCUUGCUAAUUUCUGCUUCAACUGUUGUGCCAACUUUCACAAAUCCUUGGGUUCUUUUUGCUGUUGUACCACUGGCUAUUAUUGCCGUGUACAUCUCCAUGUACAGCCUUAAAACCUCUCGACAGCUGAAAAGGUUAGAGUCAAUAAACCGUAGCCCCGUUUUUUCACACGUUUCGGAGACUCUCAAUGGGCUGGAGACUAUAAGAACAAGAAGGAGAGAACGAGAGUUUGUGGAGGAUCUUUAGAGAUAUCAGGAUGUUCAUACCCAGUCGUACAUGAUGGUGCUGGCGAGCGAGAGAUGGCUUGGUAUACGCAUGACUUUUCUCAUCUCUU